AUGGCGCGCACGCGCGCUGCACACGGUGCUGGGCGGGGAUGCCGCGCAUGCGCGCUGCGCACGGCACCGCCCCUCCCUCAGAGGAAGGGCCGCGCCUGCGUGGUGCCUCACGCCGCGCCGGGGGCGCAGCCAUGUUCGGCGAGGGCGGCGGAGCCGCUCGCCUCAGACAUGUUUGGGCGGCAGCGGGGCCUCCCGCCCCACGGCGGCGGUGGCGGGGAGCCGGGCGGGCUGCGCAGUUCUGUGCAACAUCCACACUGCUGGUAUCAAGAACAGAACUGUACAAGCUGGAAUGAUUCAAGUUCUUUGGUGUUUGAUGAAUGUCAAUGUAGCCAUUUCAGCCAAUGUUUGGAGAGCUCUACACCACCAGAAUAUUCUAGGCCUCUUUCUAGUUGCACCGACUGGGAAGACAGAAUUGAAGAAGGCAAAACAAUGAGGACAUCAAAUAAAAAAAUGACAAACUCUGUAUCAAGUACUGCUGCUAAUCCAGCUGAAAGGGAAACAGAUGAAGUGGUUCUGAGGAGAAGACAAAAACAGAUCAAUUUUGGAAAGAAUACCCUUGCGUAUGACAGAUACAUUAAAGAAGUUCCAAAGAAUCAGCGAAUACCAGGAGUUCAUCCUAGAACUCCUAACAAAUUCAAGAAGUACAGCCGUAGAUCCUGGGACCAGCAGAUCAGGCUCUGGAAGAUAGCACUGCAUGCCUGGGAUCCUCCUACUGAAGAAACCUGGGAUCUGCAGCCAGUUAGUACAGAACCCUCGGGCAGUUCCCAAGAAUGGUUCUGCAAAGAUCAGGAUGAUUCUGGCUCCCUUGUAUUUGACGAAAAGCAGAAGAGAAAUGACUGCGAAGAUGAAUGCAGACUGACUGAUGACGUACCAGAGAAUCCCUCUUCUCCCGAUUCUUCUCCAGUCUGGAAACGUAGAAAAAGGAACAAUUCUGACUCCUCUGUGAUUUCAAAAAGCAAAAACCAUUAUGCGAAUAUGUACCACACACUGGAAAGUCUUACGGAAUCAAGACAUCAAGAGGCGUUUUCAAAGUGCUCAGAGUGGGAAGCCUUUGGUGAAAAUGAUGAAGUAAUGACAGUACAACAUGGUAUAGAAAUAACAAGUGACCCAAUGCCAGCCAGUUGUUCUUCUGGAUGGAACAAUCAGAAACAGAAAAACACCAGCUUCUUUCUGCCUGACAGCAAAACUUGGAGAGAUACAGACUGCAGGCUGGAGAGGCUUAAACUUUGUAGCAGUUUAUUGGAAGGACAUCAGUCAGAAUACCCUGAAAGGGGAUGGGCAAGUGCAAGUGCUGAUGAUAGAAUAAUGAGGAAGAAAAUCUAAGUACCGAGUCUCUCUUUGUAUAUAGAAGUAUCGAAGAAGAAAGGCUUUCUCCUGUGACACAGAAAUGAUUUGAAGAAUAGGGAUAUAGUUUGAGAUCAACAGAUCAAGUCUUGGAAAACUGGUGCAGUCACAUAAAAUCUGCACUGAAAGAGGAAGAGAUUUACAGUCAGCAUAUGUGCAAUCAACAUCAGGUGAAACGUGCAGGUUUCUCCAGUUCUUUAAGGAUAGAUUGCUUUCUGCAAGCUCUGCCUCAAGUGUAAAACUUCAGAUUUCCUUAAGCCUGCACGACAAUGAUGAUGGAUGUUCCUUAAAGCUUUUGUGAGAAUGUUUCUGCUUUACCUGCGUUGACGGAUGACACUUGCAUCAUAUUGUUAAGGCUACUUCAGUUGAUGGAUCCUGCUGUUGCCAUUUGGAGAUCAUGCUACUUCGGGUGCGCUAGUGUUAUGCUGGUGAAUUGAUCCAAGUCGAACUGAAGAAUGCCACCCCUUAAAUCAAGGAGUUAAACCCUGUUUCCUCUAGUGGACCAGAAUUGUACAUCCAACCUGAAGAACUGCUUCAAAAGAAUGUAGAUAAUUUCAGCCUUUCUCCAGUUCUUAAAGACAAACUGUUCUUAGCUUUUGGGUCAUCCAUCUGGCAUAUUUACCGUUCUCUGAGAUAAGAUAUAUUAAGCUAGCAUUUACUGAAGCCUAGUGAGAGAAGAGAAAGGAAAGGUGGAUGGUUUAUCAAAAUCGUAUCACUCUCUUUAAGGGGAUGAGUGACUGAAAAGCAACACAGCCUAAAUACCUGGAUUUUGCUUUUAUGUGUGUUGCAGCCUGACCUGAAGAGCCUAUCUACUGCUAAGAGUAUAAGAGGAUGAGUUCAGUGCCUGCUGUUCCUGCAGGAAUUGGAGGUGAGCAGUAGUAUUUCCAGGUUUGGAGCUGGUCUUGGGCAUGGGGUGUUCAGGCUAAGGGUUGUGAUAGACUCUUUUGUUUUACACUUCUAGCACUGUGCUCAGAAAGUCAAAGUGUGAGGACUGUGGCUACAGUGGAGUUUAGACCAGAUUCAUGUGCCAAUUACAAGAAUUUUUAUAGUCCUUGUGGUAUUUUAUGGAGCAGGUAGUAGGAUACGAAUGUCUGUUAGAGCUGGGAACUGUCUCUUUGCAGGAGUUUGGUUUGGUUUUUUGCAAGGUCACUGCAGGAUUGUGGGUGUGCUGGGGAUGACACAUAGCAGCCUGGGUGUGGGGCUGGUGGUGUACCAAGGGCCAAAAGCCCAUUGUGCUGCUCAUGUGGAAGUAAGCUGUUUCUCCAAAACUACUCCCAGUCCCUUCCAAAACGUUAUUUCUGGGUGUGCUCAGGUGAGUGUCCCAGUGCAAGGGUGGCUCAGUCACACACCACAGAGCGUGGAGUGUGUGUACAAGGAACACACCUGUACAGCACUUUUUUAAGAAGUAAUAUUUAGAACUUUGUUGUUCCAGUUUGCAUGCUUUCAUGUGAUUUAUGAUGAUUGUAAAUAAGGGAAUGUUACAUUUUGCACAUGUUGUCUUUAUGCAGAAUAAUUAAAGUCUUUAAUCCCUGUUA